AUGGAUAGACUCACCAGCUCAGAACUUAUUCACUUGAUUUUGCAGGAAUCUUCACCUGCCAACAGUGACGAGCUCGGCCAUGUAUUAUCGCUAAUUUUCAAGUCCUGUACGACUGAAGUUCCCAAAGCAAAGGAUCUCAAAGUUCUGUUGAAGAAAAUCCACCCUGAUACCAGGAUCAAAGCAUUUCAGCACAUUGAAGAUGAAGCAACCCUCGUACCACUCUAUGACACGCGCGCAUGCCGUUGGAACUGGCCACUCCCAGAGUCACAUUUGGACAAACUCGCUACCAGUGGGGAGAGAAGUAGUAAUCAGGCAGGAGAGAACAGUAGCACGGACCAGGGAGAGAGGGAAGGAGAAAAUAGUGGUGCUACGAAUCAGAGGUCGGGAGAUUGGGUUAUUGUCGAUGACACUGACGCACCCGCUGGGUCUGAGUCACAGGUUGAGAGUGUUGGCCAGCCUGAGGACGACGUAAUGUCAACAAAUGCCAGCUCUGCCAGUAGUGACAAAGCCCCAGUGCUCCAUGAAAUCGACCGCGAUUCUACAAAACCAUGGAUGACCGAACAGGUUUUUGCGUCCUUCAAUAACCUCCUUACCUUUGCCCUCCUCCUGCAGAAGCCUGCACUCGCUCAGAAGCGUAACUUAUCUCGUAUCUGGAGCGCAUCGAACUCCUCAUCUGCAAUACAUGGUGAUGAAAUCGCACACAAACCAGACCUCACCCUACUCGAUGAUAUCGAGGCUAGAUGGGAUACAAUCAAGGCCGUAUGUGAGCUGACUUCAAGUGCCUACUUACCUUCACAUCCCCUUGCCAAAACUCUCGACACCAAGGCUUACCUGCUUCUCAAACACCAACCGUGGAGACGCUUCGCACUGUUGGUCUCCAUUUGCAAUGGGUAUCACGAGCUUCGCGUCCAUCUAUAUGACCACUCGGGCGGAGUUGUCAGCCCUUGCACGCAUAUUGAUCAAGAGCCGGACAAGUACUUACGGAUAUUUUCAUCCAUUGUCUUCGGCAAUCUCGAGUGUAUUGGACUCGACCCCACGAUCACUAUCUUAAGACACACACUUCAUCGCACGCUUCGAUCCCCUGAUUUCCGUGUUGCCAAACCCUCACCUUCUCCUCACCAGACUGCUGAAGUGAUCCCAGAUGCGCUGAUCAUGGAGAGUGAGACCACCGAGAUCGAAGAGAUCGUGAGCGAGCUCCCACAUACCAUAGAGGAUGCAGUGCCCAACCCCGCAGCCAACAUCCCUCCAAACCUGGUUCCCCUCAUAGAUGAAGUCCCUAGCGAUUCUUUGAGUGAACCCCUCCCAGAGCCGAUAGGAAAGAUACAAGUAAAUGAGAAUACGUACAAUAUCCUGGAUCUAAUAUUCUCCACUCAAGGCCUUGUUGGUCGUGGCACAGUGUGCUAUCUGGCGAGGAAGGAUGAGGAAGAGUAUAUCGUCAAGGAUCACUGGGUCCUCGGGAGUAAAUCAGAGGUCCUGAAUGAAAUUCGUAUGAUGGAGAAGAUGGAUGGGAUUCGUGGUGUUCCUCGCCUUGUUGAAUAUUGGCUUGUGGAGAUGGAACCCGGCGAGGUUGACGAAACAGUGAAGUAUCGUCAAAAGGUCCCAUGCAGCAUAAAGGGCACCUCCCGUAUGCAUGUUUGCCUGGUCUUGAAGCCCCGCACGCGACCCUUGUAUGAAUUCCAUUCGCGCGCAGAGUUCUUGACCUCGAUAUUGGAUAUUAUAAAGAUUCAGAAGCAAGCAGUAGAGCAGAACCGGGUUCUUCAUCGUGAUUGUAGUUUGAAUAAUGCAAUGAUUGAAGACGACGGUGAUGGCACCCAUGGGAUGUUGAUAGAUUGGGAGUUUGCUGUAGAAAUUGUACGAGGCAAUCAGGCACAGUACCUUUCAUGUCGCAGUCCCUUCUCUUCCAGCUUUAUGUACCUCCACACACCGGAUCCAUCCGAUGAGCGCUUGGGUACACGCGCCUCAGGAUCAAAACCAUACCCACCCCCCAUGGUCACGCAUGUCUAUCAGGAUGAUCUCGAAUCGAUGUUUUACGUUUUCAUCUGGGUCUGUAUCGAAUUCAGGGACCCUCUCGGCAUGAAGCGUGUUCUCCCUACUAUUCUCCCACAGUAUUCAUUACAGCGCGUUAAAUGGAUAACGCAAGAAUGGUCCGCGUCCACGUACCAAAAGUGCGGGGACAGCAAGACUCAAUUUUUUCAUCAAUCUGAACAUUACACUAAGGAACUCUCCCGACAAUUUGAUCCCUACUUCGAAUCUCUUCUUCCACUCGCGUUAGAGUGGUAUGACCUUGUUAAAAACCCUGAUCGGUUGCUCUUCGACAACGUAAUUGAUCUGCUGGGUAGACACAUUGCUGCACUUCCGAAGGAGGACUCCGCUGGGCUCCUAGUCUCCAAAUGGGUAAUUCUCUCAGCGGCAGGUUCACUCACACCUCCCCAGAACAAUGAGGAAAGUGCGUCACCACCUGUAGAUGAGACGCGACAGAAGCGAGUGGUUGAUCACCGGUGGAUGAUGGAAGCUAUACCCAAGCCGAAGAGGAACAAAACUAGGGAGUAG